AUGAAGAAGGAGGAGCUCGGAGCCCUUGCGAAUAAUCUUUCCGGAGAUUUCCGCACCAUCGAACCUCAUCUACGAGAUCUAGACAAGCAUCUGACUUUACGAACCCAUCUCGAAGGAUACACCCUGGGAGACGUUGAGAAGAGUAUUUGGCAAACUCUCCGCAGUAACAAAGCGGCUAUCGGCUUCAUCAGACGGAAUGGACUCCCCAACCUGACGCGGUGGUUUACUUUUCUCGAGCAGACCCAUCCUGACCUUCAAGAAGACUCGGGAAAGAGCAAGACCGUUGCCAACAAAGGUGGUGCGAAUUACAACCUUGCUCUGCAGGAUACCGAGAAGGGGGUUGUGACGCGAUUCCUUCCUGAACCUUCAGGUUACUUGCACAUCGGACACGCCAAGGCGGCUCUCCUGAGCGACUAUUUUGGCCAUGUGGCGUACAAAGGUCAGAUGCGGCUCCGGCUCGACGAUACGAACCCCGCCAAGGAAAGCGAGGAGUUCCAGGAUGCCAUUGUGGAGGAUCUCGCGCUCAUGGGCAUCAAGCCUGAUUCCCUAACCUACACUUCCGACUACUUUGACUAUCUCUACGACAUGUGCAAGAAGCUUAUCCUCAUGGGAAAGGCUUACGCCGACGACACUGACCAGGAGACUAUGCGUGCUCAGAGAAUGGACGGCAUCCCGUCCAAGCGUCGCGACCGGCGCGUCGAGGAGAACUUGCGCGUCUUUGAAGAGAUGAAGAAUGGUUCCGAUGAGGGUCGAGCCCACUGCAUCCGCGCCAAAAUCUCGGCCGACGACCCCAACAAGGCGAUGCGUGAUCCCGUCAUCUACCGCUGCAACGUGGAAAACGCCCACCACCGAACCGGACGCAAGUGGAACAUGUAUCCCAUGUACGACUUUGCCUGCCCCGUGGUCGACAGCCACGAGGGCGUGACGCACGCACUUCGAUCCACCGAGUACACCGACCGCAACCCGCAGUACCAGUGGUUUCUGGACACGCUGAGUCUCCGACAAGUCCACAUGUGGGACUUUUCCAGGAUCAACUUCAUCAAGACCUUUCUGUCCAAGCGUAAGCUGGCCAAGCUCGUCGACACUGGCAAGGUCUGGGGCUGGGACGACCCGCGAAUGCCCACCAUCCGCGGCGUCCGACGACGAGGCAUGACGGUCGCUGCGUUGCGAGACUUUAUCAUUCGUCAGGGGCCCAGCCGUAACGUGGUCACCAUGGACUGGACUAGCUUCUGGGCCGCAAACAAGAAGGAGAUUGACCCCGUCGUUGCUCGGCACACGGCGCUGCUGCGCGAGAACCUGGUCAAGGUGAAGCUGACUGGGCCCGAGGUCCCUCGCGGCGUGACGACGGAGCAGCGUCCCAAGCAUCCCAAAAACCCCGACGUCGGCCUGAAGGAUGUCGUCUACUCGCCGGAGAUUCUCAUUGACCAGGAGGACGCAAAGAGCUUCGGCGUCGGCGAGGAAAUCACCCUCAUGGGCUGGGGCAACGCGUUUGUUCGCCAACUGCCCUCGGAGGAUCCCAUCACGACCAUGACCUUGGAGCUCAACCUCAAGGGCGACUUCAAAUCCACCGACAAGAAAAUCACCUGGCUCUCUGCCGAGGGCCUGCAGCCCGUGCCUGCCGAGCUGUGGGACUUUGACUACCUCAUAACCAAGGACAAGCUCGAAGAAGAGGACAACCUGGAGGAUUUCCUAAAUCCCGAUACCUUUAGCCUCGUGGACGCCGUCUGUGACGGAGGAGUCGGCAAGCUCAAGAAGGAUGACAUUAUUCAGCUCGAGCGACGAGGCUUCUACAGGGUGGACAAGGGUAUGGAUGACUGGGCACCCGGCGAGGCUGGUCUCAAGGGGAAGAGAGUGGUGCUCUUUUACAUACCCACGGGCAAGACUGGUGGUAAAUAA